CGAACACAAUCCAUCCUCCUCGUCAACAAGAAAUUAUCGAAAAAUAACUGGCAUAUAAUCCCGCUAGACUCGCCGAACAUUACCGCAAUAGAAUUAACUGGAAACUUCGGUAAGGUACGUGUAUAUAACAUCUAUAAUCCCUGCGACCAUAAUCGCACCAUACGCUUCCUGGAACGUCACAUGACAACCAAAAACCAAAAAAGA